CAAGGACUCGUGGAUACCGUUCGUUCAGGUGUUGAUAAUGAACAAGUUCCUACGACUAAAUAAAUGCCCUUCUAAAGCUUUCUACGGCUCCCUUCAGCCAUUCACUGAAGCGACUGCGCUCGCCGCAUGGUCGCCAUGGUUGCAAUGUCGUCGGUCUUGGGGGUUUUAGACGGACCAAACGAGAACGACGUCGUCUUGCCAAACGUAGCCGAGUGCACACGUUUCUUCUCGGGUGACGCAUGGGGUCCUUGCAAGUACCGAGGGGGAAGCGAUACAUUCGUUUUAUCCAGGGGCCACUUGUUCAAGUCCAAGAUCCCACCAACGACAGGCCCACUUCCCACCGACGACGACGACGCCGAGCUCAAACGAGAGCUGAGAAUCUUCUCUUGAGGAGACACAAACAUUGCGUGGCUGGUGGCAGGUGUAGCACCUUUAGGGGGUAGCAUGGGUGUGCGAUAAACGGUUGAAGGCUUCGCCAUGAUUGGGGUUGCGGUGGACGGACGUCGGGUGGGCACUGCACGAACUGGGGUUUUGGUCAACGAUGAUGUCGAUUCAGGCUCCCGAGAAGGUUCCGUCGAGAUAGAAGACUUUGCCUCCGCAGGGGCAGGUGUUUUCUCGUCAGGUGUGGGGAAAGCGGAUGCGAACGAAAACGACUUGAUUUGCUUCCACGUCCGUGACACGAUGCGGCGUUUCUGUGGCGAGCUCUGCACGGUCUUAAAGUACUUUGGGGGGAGGUUCGCAGCGACAACAUCAACAGACGACGUCGUCGGGGGAUGGGUUGCGGUUGUGAAGCUCGAAUGCACCUUUUCGACCUUAAUUGCGUUGUCGGCAUUAGCUCCUGACUUGGGAGAUGCCACGGGGGAGAACGGACCGUACUCGUAAAAGCUCAUCGUGUCGAAGCCUGUGUUGUCGAGAUGCAGGCCACCAAAAUCGUCGACGCCGUCGUGGAAUCCGUCUUCGACGAGAUUAUGGCUUGGACAGAAGGCAUCGGACACUGAGACGGCCGACGUCGGCGCCAGGACUCCCUCUUUCCCCGCUCGUCCUUCGGCAAAUAUCUCCAUCUUGCAGAUAUCUACGUCGAAUAUCAUGUGCUCCUCCGCGUCGUCCAUCGAGAUCACAUUCAUGGGGAGAUCCAGCAACGACAUGAUGUCCGCCUUGCGUCCGCCGUUCACAACGAAAAC